AUGUUAAGAAUAGGAUUAUCACGUUCAAUAAGAUCUCAGAUCUUAAGAACAUCAAGAGUUAUUACACAGCAACCAUCUACCAGGAUUGGUCUUUGUUCAUCAUCAAUCACAUCAAUCAGAAACAACUCAACCGCAGCAGCAGCUGCUGCUCCAGUUGCUUCCACCCCCCUCGCCGAAGAAAUCAGAGAUAAAUUAGUCUCCUUCGACACCAUCCCCGACGCAGUCGACACCCUAGUCACCACCACUACCCUCCACUCCAACCAAAUCGGCUAUCUCCAAUCAAUAGGUCUUGCCGAAGGCUAUGGCCCAACAGCCUUAGUUGAACGUUUAUUAGAAUACACCCAUGUCUAUACCGGACUCCCAUGGUGGGCCACAAUCAUCGCCGCCACACUCACAUUAAGAGUCCUUCUUUUCCCCCUUUAUGUCCGUGCCAGUGCCAAUGCCACCAAGAUGUCCAAACAUAAACCCGAGCUCGAUAAAGCCAUGGAAUUGGUUAAGAAUGCCACUAAUACUGCUGAACAGAUGAAAGGAGUUCAAUUGAGGAAGAAGAUUAUGAAAAAAUAUGGAAUUAGUACGUUUGCUAGUAUGGCUCCAAUAUUACAAUUACCGUUAGCAUAUGGGUUUUUCCAAGCUUUGAGAAAGAUGGCAAAUGUUCCAGUUGAGGGGUUUAGUGAUCAAGGUAUGGCUUGGUUUGAGGAUUUGAGUCAAGUGGAUCCAUAUUUGGGAUUGCAGGUUAUUGCUGCCGGUGCUAUUAUUACCGUGGUUAGAUUGGGAGGGGAAACGGGACAGAAUGCUAUGGCUCAGAGUAUGAAGAAGAUUAUGACAUUUGUUCCUAUCUUGUCGAUUGUUUUCACGAAAUCUUUUUCAGCGGCCGUGUUGUUGUAUUUUGCGGCAAAUUCGAUGUUUUCGUUAGUUCAAGCUCUUGCAUUUAGGAUUGGGAUUGUUAGGAAAUGGUUAGGAAUGCCACCAAAGAUGACAUCAGAAGAAUUACUGAAGGUUUCUCAAAAGGGUCCUAAUGGUAUUGCUGAAUGGUUUAGUAGUUUUAGUGAAAGUCAAAAUAAGAAAGCUUUAAAAGCAGCUGAAAUGGCUGAUAGGAAAUUGGAGAUUACUAAAAGAAGAAAAGAUAGUGCUAAAGAUGGUUUCAUUAAGAGACAUUAG